ACGCAUUCGCACAAACAUCCCCCCCCCCCUUUCGCUUUCCAAGUGCAAGCUGCGGACAUUGCGCUUGCGCUUCUCGGCUACCUUAACCGCACGGUAUCCAGUUCGGACACAAAGAAUCAAGACGACCAGCCAACCCGAAAGCCAGCGAUCCCAUCAGCUGCUAAUCGAGCAACUAACUAUCCGUACGAAGCAGACGUACGAAUAUCUACCUACACUACCACCACUCUUUGCACCGGCUGUUCCGCGACCUGUGCACCACGUUUCCCAAUCCACGUCCACAUCACCUCACCAAGCAGACGAAUAUGCGUAAAUCGCCGCUACCCUACGGAGUCCUGCAGUUCUGAUCUGAACUCAGUCGCUGUGGUUAGGGCAUUUUGGACGCUGACAUAUUUAUUGCUCCCGAGAGCGUCUUCUCUUGACGCACUCUUUAUCCUUUUCUUUCAGCGGACCACAUACGACCAGGACACAGCCAAUGCCAGAAUACAGCCUCUGGGAGGCGGGGAUACGCAAGCCGCACCGGCAGCGCUUGCCAAAUAG